CAUUCAACACUGCACUCUUCUUUCGCAUUAUCAGCGCACGAGAUGUCACGUUAAAACAUAUCUCAUCAAUACUCUUCACGGAUUGUCUCUCGUUACACGACUGUAAUGCAUCGACCACGGUCUGCGCCUUGUGCCGAUGACGCCGCUUGCAGUUACACGAGGACGCUCAGACCAGCAUUGAACAAGCCACACGCGUCAUCAACCUCUUCUUGAAACGACAUGUUUGAUCUUCCCGAUGCGAUUUCCACUUCGGCUUCAGGAGUCGCAACAAUCCUUGGGUCCAUGUUAGCUACAUAGGUCUCUUCCCUUCAUCAAAUUACGAUGUCCGCGUCUACCUCAACACCGAACCUGGCCAUAGCUAUCACAACAACCGGACCUGCCAUUCGACAUAUCCCUGAAUUCAGGACGGAACGUCUCCUGUGUCGACCUCUCGUUGAAGAAGAUUGGUCAGAAUACCACAAGAUGCUACAGGAAGAACAGACGAUGAUCAACGCGGGCGUGGGCCCAAUGUUAUUUCCCAGAGCAGCUCGAGCCUACUUCGACGAUCAACGAGAAGAUUGGGCAUCAGUUGGAAUCUUCGUCCUUAACAUGGAUGACGACGGUGCCGAAGGCGAGUUCAUCGGUACAGGAGGGGUGUACUGGUCCAAAGAUCGAUUACCUGAAGUAUGCUACGUACUGAAGCAGAAGUUUUGGGGCAAAGGCCGCGCCACUGAGUUCUUGAAUGGAUUCCUGGAAUUGUGGUGGACCAUGCCUCGGAUAAACAUUGAUAUGUAUGUCGAGACGAAAUUCCUAGAUGCUGGGGAAAGAGGUGUGAUACCGGAGCGAUUGACUGCGCCGAUCAAAGUUGCGAGAGGCGAUAGCCAGAACGUGGUGAAGAAAGCUGGCUUUAGCGAGCGUGGCGAAAUCACGAUAUAUGACGAGAAGUAUAUCUUGUUCCGACUGCUUUCUCCAAAGUAGUUGGUCGGCUAGAGGUAUGGCCCAAAGUAAACCUUGGAAAAGAUCUACUAGAUCAAAACGCGGUUUGUUUUGGGCAUCUAGAGCGUACUUCUCAGACUCAUGUGAUUGCAGCUGAGGUUUUCAUGGCCGUA